UGAGAUCGUUUCUAGCAUUGCUCUUACUGUGGGUUAGCCAGUCAAAUGGCAAACACUACUCACAACCUAUGAACGACACUCGUGUGCUUGACUCUGGUGACCUGGUCUCAAAUCCCUGCCAGGAUGUUCGUUUGGCUGGUUUCAUAUGCGUGGAUUGCUCCAUUCUUGGUUAUUGCACUCAUACCGAUGGUCAAUGGACCACUGUAAAAUUGACAACAUGUGAAACAGAUAAUGGCUUCUUUUGCAGCGAUGAGGACACAUACGGUUGCACUUUGCAACCUCGUUGUACGGUGCCAGUGCGUGGUAAAUUCUUUUGCCAGCAAGCAGGCAUCUUUCCGGAUCCCUAUGAUUGCCGUAACUAUCAUGAGUGCAGCGAACUGAAUGUCGAUACACCCAAACAGUGUACAAAUGGAGCCGCAUAUUCCCUGCUGACCGGAACCUGUAGCCUGCCCAGGGAGAGCGAGCAAUGUCUAUCGAAACAAUACACUUGCGAAUAUGUGGGUCAAACAGGAGCUUGGCCUGGCAAUGAGGAGUACUAUUAUGUGUGUCAGAAGGAUACCACGGAUCCAGAUCAACCAGUUUUCUAUCCAUUGAUGAAGAAAUGCCAUGAUGGAAGCGUUUUCAAUGGCUUUAGCUGUGUCUGAUUUCAAAAACAAAAAACUUUAUUUUGUAUUUUAACA